CAGACAACUUCCGAAGCAUGCAGGUACGUCACGGGUUGGUAGAUCCAAACCCUCGGGCAUUGCCUUCACAUUGACAGAGUACUUCUUCCGACAGCGAACUAACACACACCUUUCAUGAUACGAAAUCUAUUCCACUCAUCGCAACCUCAAACUCUGUCGUCUUCCGUGACGAACCGUGCUAGUUUACUGAUCCGACAUCACCUCAAGCCUGCAUUGGGAGAAUCCAUUGGACCAAAGUCCUCACAGCUUCGCCCAUCAACCGCAUACACCACUCGUACAUAUCUCAAAAUGGCGACCCAACAAGAACCAGCUAGCAAGAAACAACGCACUCAACCCACAUACGAACUCCUCUACCAUCCGCAAAUCCCAGGCCGCGGCGAAUUCAUCCGUCUCGCCUUUGAAGCCAAAGGAGUUUCCUACACAGAUAUCGCAAACGAGGAUUCCGAGAACGGAUAUUCCAAAGUCCAAGAUAUUUGUAUCAGCGAUAAUUUGGGUAAAGAGGGUAACCCGCCUGUUUUCAGUCCUCCGGCUUUGAGGAUUUCUGGUGCUGGCGAGGAUGGGAAUGCGUUGAUAAUUAGCCAGACUCCGAAUUGUUUGAUCUAUCUUGGUGACAAGCUUGGGCUGGUUGGGAAUGGUGGUGAGCAGGAGAAGUUUUGGGUGCAGCAGUUGGCGCUUACGGCGUUGGAUUUGAAUAAUGAGGUGCAUGAUACGCAUCAUCCUGUUGGUGUCAGUUUGUAUUACGAAGACCAGAAAGAAGAGAGUUUGAGGAAAGCGAAAGAUGUGCGGGAGAACAGGUUGCCGAAGUUCUUCUCGUACUUUACUAGGACGCUAAAGUGGAAUGCAGAGAAGGCGAAGCAUAGGUACCUGGUGGGUGAGAACUUGACAUAUGCUGAUACGACUGUGUGGCAAGUUCUCGAUGGGCUAUAUUUUGCAUUCCCGAAAGAGAUGGAGGCGAGGCAGAAGGAGUUCCCGGAGUUGCUCGACACUUUCUACAACAGUGUGAAGGAGGAGCUGAAGACGUAUUUGGAGAGCAACAGGCGUCUGAGCUACUCGCAGGGAGUGUUCCGCUACUAUCCUGAGUUGGAUAGACAAUCGUGAUCUCAAGCUGAACGGAAGUACGGCAAGAGAGGAUUGGCUAAGCAAGCGGGAUAGGUGCAAGGAACUGCUUGCAGACAGACCUCGCUGGGUACUGUGCCAGCUUCAGAAUAGGGUCCUUUCCUGUUGCUAAGAAACACUGAGUCGUACCAGAAACGUACAGUGGCGUACGUGACCCCUCAUCAGGUAUAGGACUUUGGACCAACAGUCCACAUUACCAGGUCUGAUCGCACGUCCAUCUCGUCCAACUCUCCCGGCACUUUCCUAAAGCCCUUUUCUAU